AUGAUUUACCAAAUUACAACUCUUCUUGUAGUAUUGGCUGUUACAUUUGCCAAUCCUUCAAAUUACGGACCUGCCUAUGCUGCUGUCCCUCUACCAUAUGGUUUCAACUACGCAGUGAACGACGCUUACAAAGGAACCAACUUCGGACAGACGGAGAAGUCCGACGGGAACAGCGUGUGGGGAUCCUACACCGUCGCCCUCCCCGACGGUCGUAAACAAACUGUCGACUACACAGCAGACCACGGCAGGGGAUUCGUGGCCAAGGUCAGCUACUCCGGCAAGGCUCAGCACCCCAAAGUUUCCGGUCCGGCCGUCGUCUUCCCUCAGAACGGAGGCGGAUACCAUUGA